CGGGCAUUCUAUCAGGGGCAUUCAAACAUGAAAUUCCUCUGUAUCUUUGCUGUAAUAGCUUUGCUGAUAGAAACAAGUGCUGCUGCUACGUGCUAUGCUGGCAGUUCCCCUCCCUUAUGUAAUACAUGCGGGGGCUCAUGCACCACUGAAAACGGCUGUGCGUGUUCUGAUGACAUCACAACCUGCUUUCCAGGCGAUGAGUGCCUUGCAGAGGACAAUACCUGCUGUCCUUCCGGAUACUACUGGCAUGCAGACAUCAACUGCUGCUCUGAUGAGCUGAAAUGUAUCCCGGCUUGUGGCAUUGAUGAGAUGUGCACAGCUGUGAAUAGCGUAGCAACCUGCAAGUGCAACGACAGCUACUAUGACAACCCAAAUCCUUCUACACUGAAUCCAUUAGUAACAUGUGAAGCCUCUGCAAUGACUCUUUCCAUUGAGAAGUGUUUUUUGGAAUCCAUUGGAUAUGAUUCCAGUAACAUGCUAGUAAACAACUCAGUAGACUGCACCUUCCCGUAUACUGUACUUGUAAAUAAUGUGCGAGUUAUAAAAGUCCAGGCAAAACCUAUAACAGGAUGGUGUGGAAAUGUGGUGACGACUGAUGGUUCCAAAAUAUAUUACACAAGCACACUCUACAUAGGUAUUCAGAAUAGUUCUUUGAUCACAGUGAACCCAUCCCGACUCAACUUCACCUGUUCUUACAAUGCAACAAUGCAAACAAGCCUGGCUGCCGCUUUCCAUCCAGUAGUGGGUACUGUCAACCUCACAGUAAAUGGAGAAGGCUCAGCUCCAACCACUAUGGCAGCAUACUGGGAUCAAAGUUACACCAAGCCAAUAACAGACACUGAGGAUGUUCCAGUGGAGUCAACUCUCUAUCUUGGCUUGUUCUCUGAAUUUGUGGAUUCAGACAACUUUGCACUGAGAGUAGAAGAUUGUUUUGCUACUCCUGAUGGAGAUAACAACAAUGUGAACAAAGCAUAUCUAGUUAGAGGAGGUUGUAACGCAAAUGAUGGGAUCAACACAGCUGUGGAAGAGAAUGGACAGUCUUUGCAGGCCAGAAUCAAAGUCAGUGCUUUUGCAUUUCGAGAUCAGCCUUUGGUGUACGUCACCUGCAACGUGCGCUUGUGUAGCAAGAAUGGAACCUGCACUGGGUGUAACGUGGCCCGUGCAGCAGCCAGAGAUGGCUUGAAUUCAUUACAGAUUAAGGUCAAUUUGCUAAAUAAUGACUAUGACAUCAGCUUUGGAUCACAAGCAGUUGCAUCCUGGACUGUGCUGCUCAGCUCUUUGCUGGUACUUCUGUGCAGUAAACUCUUCUAACAAAACUCCUAGUAAAACUGUCUACUGUGAUGGGUAUUAAAGGACCAGAUUCUGGGAUUCACUCAAAAUAAUCAAGGCUUUACUCUGAGGGACUGGAAAUAAUUUAUUUUUCUUUAUCAGACUAGGAAUGUAUAGGUUAUAUAUAGGCUGACCAUAUUGCCGCUUUAAGAAGGAACACAUAUGAAAAAUACAUAUGUCAGGGUUCUUAUACAAAGCAUUUCUUUAAACAGCCCUGACAUAUGUAUUUUUCAUAUGUGUCCCUUUUUAAAGCGGCAAUAUGGUCAGCCUAGUUAUAGAUGAGCUUUGAGGAGCCUCACUGCUGAAUACAGCAUUCUCUAUUUGGUAUUUGACUAUCACCUGACAGAUGGGUCUCUUCAUUUCCUCUUCCUGCGCACAAACACAAAACUGAUUUCUGAGGAUGUACUGCUAAGAUAAGCUCCUUGGAUUCUGACUGGAAUGCUGUCUGCUUUGCACUGUACAGUGUAUAUAAUGGGAGUCUAUACCUCCAAGCAGAGUCUGUUUAACUUUUAUUGUAUAAUAAAUGUAUUUAUAUCACAUAAA